GGUAAAGGUGACGUCAUCAGCUGUGAUUACAGUACAGUUAAGAGUCUGUAUAUUCCGCAAGCCAAUGCCAGCCUUCGCGUUCAAACACAAGGCGAAAUUCAUUCAGUUGCUUGGAGUGAUUUGAUUGCGGUGCUAAAGGCUUACUCAUCGUUUCGAGAAGAUUUUCUAACUCAUCUGGAGCUGGCGUACAACCUGGGGACUGAAGCGGAGGUGAGAUCAAUUUAUAAUAUUAUAGCCUGUUCCUCGCUGUUUUUCCUCUUCACUUUUCGUUGCACCGUCCCUAUUAUUUGAACGCCUGGAACAGGCCAAUUGUAUUUUGGUUAGCAGUGGCUGUAUUUUCUACCUGAGAGAAUAGCGGAAAGCACUCAAGUGCCUAAAACAGACGCCCUUAAAUGUGUGGACUUUCUUGGGUAUAGUUGCGCAACAUGCCUCUGCAUAUAGAAUCAACAGUUUAGCCAAUGUAAGACAACGUAUUGGAUUCUAUUUUUUGUGUGCGUGAGGGAAAAAGAACAUAACAAAGCAAACAUUUUGCCUUGUAACAGUUUCCUGUGUCUGAGGAUAUUGUAAUUUUGUCCCCUCUAGAACAAACUCCUUUCCAGGGCUUUUUCCUUCUUGAAACGUGCGCCGAAAUUUCAUACAGAUGACGCGUCACCACACAAAUCUGGGAAGUGCUUCUGAUUGGUCGUGCCUCGAGGGAAAUUUGCCUCAACAAAAUCAGAAGCCUUACUCAGAUCUGGGUAGUGACGCGUCAUCAGUAUGGAAUUUCUGCGCGUCACACUUUAUUUUGUGGUGAUACCAGUUGCGUAUUCGCGAAUGUUGGUUUGUUUUCUCAGGCUGCAUCGCAGUCCAUACCCUAAGAGGCAGUAACCGGAAGAGAUAACUAAAUGUGCUUGAUCUCUAAAUUUAUCUCUAUAGGAGGAAGAAAUAGUCCAGUUCGUUUUGUCUGCGGAAGAAACCAGCUCAGGUUAUCCGCGAAGAUUGUCUAACGCACGAUCUACUUUCUUUUCUCAUGGCAAAGUGGAUAGGGUCGAUCGCAUGAGGUCAGCAACAUUAUUCGUUAAUGGCCAAAUUCCGCAGAUACAAGAGCAUUCAACUGGGGUGGAUAUAAACUGCCAACAGCAUGACAGUGGAAGUAAAACAAGAAUCCAUAAUCUAAUGCCAUCUGUUAACACCGCAUCUCCCUCCUUAAUAUCACAGUUAAAUUCCGCUCAAGUGCAGUGCUCGCAUAACACAGAAUUUAGAAUGCUUGAACUAAGAAUAGAGAAUUUAGAAAGCCGGCUUACCACAAUGGAUGAAAGACUAACAGAAAACUUUGAGACAAUUAUGAAUUACUUACGAAGCUUGAGCAAGGGAUGUUCUGCACCUGAACUCAGAACCAAAAAUGUUUAAUUACUAGACUAACCUGUGUGCUGCUUUGGUAUGAUAAAAAUAGAACAACUUAAUUUUAAAAUUGGUAUAGUUUCUUUUUUCAACAAAGUUCGUGAAGAUACUCUCUGACCUCUUCACAGUACCACUGUGAUAAGGAGCAGACCAUUUAUAUAUACCGAAGGCAUCUUCCCUCUCCAACAAAGUUGGCAAGCCAUAAGUCCACCCCGACUUCGGUGAGAUUUCCUCGCAGACCUGCCUUACGGAAAUUUGUUUUAGAAAUUCCAAAAGAAUUUCAAAUCUGAAUUAUGCAGACUAUCAAGAUACAGGCUUCUGCUCCAACGAUUUUUGGCUAUUUUUUCUGAUUCAUACUUUUGACAUCGAUCCGAUAAAAGCUGAUGUCAGAAAUUUCAGGCAAAAAUACCAAAAAAAAUUCAAACUGGAUAAGAUGUUCUUCGAAAAGUAGGGCCAAUUAAACACUUAUUUCGUAAAACGGUUAUCACAUAUAAAUAGAAUUAACUCAUUUUUUGGUCGAAUGAUAGCCGUAGCUUUUCUCAAAUUUUUGCAGCCAUUGCGUGGAAAUCGACAUAGCCGUGGGAGACUCAACAGGUGAUCACGAUUCCUUGGGCGCGCGCGUUGUUUUGCAAAGUUGUGUCAACUUGCGCGCGCUUUGAUCGGGUUACGCAAGUCAAACGGUACGUGACGCGUGUAAGAGUGAACCGUUGAGGAGUGUACGCAAAAAACACAACUCAGAGAUAUUUAUCUUUCAGAGUUAGAGAAGAAGAGAACUUGGGUAAGUGAACUGAUAAUUCCACUAGCUACGCUAGAUUGCAGCUCCAGAUUGGAUUUAAUACUAUUCUUCAGAAAGAAGUCUUAAAGCAGAUCCCUCAAAAAAACGACGAAAACUUUUUUGCAGGCUAUAACUUAACGAUAAUUGACGGUCAGCGCGCAGACUAUCUUAACAUAUGGUCUUGUUAAAGCAAAUUCAAGUGUUGGACAAAUAUCUUCCUCUAAAAUACAUGAACUUAACUUAAGGGACUGUUCUUUCUUAGCAGUUACAAUCCUAAUGACACACUUUCUUCUGUAAUUGGUAGCAUUUUAGUGGCGCUAAUUAAAAGUCUGCAGGGAAAUUUUACUUCGCAGUCCGUAAAGGUGGCAUUUUCAUUAUUGGAUGAAAAAUAUCAGUUAUUUUCAUCUUCUAAAGGACUUCUUCUUGGUCAGCCCAUUCUGCCGGAAUAAGUUACUUACGGGUUACUUGGUUAAGAAUAUGGUGCAUUGUAACGGCAAUUCAUAGGAAAGCUGGCCAACCAUAAAUUUGACGUUUUUUUAAAAUUAUUGAUGGCUAGCAGUAACACAAGAAGAAUGAUUCUUAAUAACCACUUAAUCCUCAAUCUGCGUCCAGUAUUUUUCAUAAUUUUUAUGUCAAAAUGUUUUCUUUUUCAGUAUAGAAUAUGUCAGGAGGGUCGCAGACUUCUUUUAACUCGCUCUACAAAGGCAAAUACUGCUUAAUACAUCACGACUCUGUGUUUAAGGCCGCGUGGGACUGGUUAAUACUUGCUUUUGUCAUCUACACGGCCAUUGUGAUCCCUUACGAUGUGGCGUUCGUGACCCCACGACGAACGAAAAUACACACAAGUAGAUUUGGAGACUUGGUGAACCUCUCUCCUAUUGCAAUUGGAAAUCUUAUAAUAGACUUACUCUUUAUAAUUGACAUACCAAUAAAUUUUCGGAGCGCUGUUGUCGACAAGGGAACAGAGGAAGUAAUUAGUGACUCUAAAAAGAUAGCAAUGCUUUAUCUCAAGUCUUGGUUUUGGGUUGACUUUGUGGCAGCCAUUCCGUUUGAGUUUCUUGUCGAUCCACAACAUGAAGGGGUGAGUAAUGAGGCCAGUUUUAUUCAGUUUUAGAGUACUUAUUAUACAUCAUCUCCCCACGACUUGACUCUUUCCUUCUGUUAGUUAAAAUUAAGACGAGAGAGGACCAAUUCGUAAUUAUUCACUGGUGUAACGACUAGACGCGUAAGAACACCUAGCUACGAGUUUGUCUUUCUUUCCUGCACACAAACGCAAGAAUUCAGUUCACUGAAAUAGCAAUACGUAGUUUCAAAUGAUUUAAAAUACACUGAUUAUUCUUUUAGCUGAAGUGAUGCUUCUGCCGGUUAAGGCAUAAUUCUAAAGAAUAAAAUAAGUUAAUCUAAACAGAAAAAUUCCAGAAUGGGUGUCUAGUCUCUCUGAAGGUCGAUGUCUUUAAUUGGUUGGUCCGGAAAUUUGUUUUUCGUUUCAGCAGAGGUUUGUGGUUGAGUGGCACACUUUGUUAUUUAGAGAAGUGCUGACAAAGCCAAAUUUUGAAAUCCAAAUAAAAUUCAGUACAAUAUGAAGAUAGUUAUUGGUUGUAAGCCUAAGGGAAGCCAUUUUUUUCAUGUGGGUGGGGCUUACUAGGAAGAAAAUAAUUCUUUGCUUUCAUUUUUGUCUUUUAUUGAUCUCAAGGCCACCACUCUGAUGGGGUUACUGAAGACAGCGCGUCUCCUUCGCCUGGUGCGAGUGUCUCGGAAAAUUGACCGCUAUUCUCAAUAUGGACUGACGGUUAUCGUACUGCUCACGUGUCUAUUCACCCUCACUGCUCAUUGGCUGGCUUGUGUGUGGCACGCAAUUGGUAUUGUAGAAGCACGUGAUGAUAGUGGGUGGCUUUCAUAUCUGGCUGGGGAAAUAAGCAAACCGAUUAACCAAUCAAAUCCCACGAGCGGGCCCAGCCUGAACACAAGAUAUAUCACUUCUUUGUAUUUCACUCUGAGCAGUUUGACAAGUGUUGGUUUUGGAAAUAUUGCACCGAGUACCAACAGUGAGAAAGUGUUUGCUAUUAUUGUAAUGAUCGUAGGAGGUGAGUCAGUACAUGUUUUGUACAUACUACAAACUUUUGCUUAUAAGCCCUGAGCUUAUAGGGUCCUUAUAAAACUUCGUGUUAGGGUUUUAGGAGAUCUUAUAAACGGGGGGCUUAUAUCCGGUGGGGCUUAUUAUCGGACUAAAAAAAAACGUUUUAAUACAAACCAGAUAGCGGUGCUGAUCAAAACGUCGUAAAAAUCGAAUUCAUUUCAAUACAGGGGAGGCUUAUAUCCCGUGGAACUUUGUUUACAGGUAGGUAGGCCUAUAAAUGGGGGCAGGGCUUAUUAAGUGGGGUUGGGGGGCUUAUAACCGUAAUUACACGGUGUAAAAAACAAAAAGCUGUCUGUAAUGUUUGCAAGAUGCUUUCUUUUUAACAGUUUAUUGAAAUGUCUUUGGUGUGUUCAGUGUUUUAUUUUUCGAAGGUUGUUGUCUCUUUCUUUUUCGUAUAAAAGAGGUUUAUAGUCACGUUAACGGCAAACGGCAAACGUGAGAUUCAAGUUAAGAAAUUCUUAAAGUAGGAAAUGAGCAGAUAAAAACAGCUCAAAACAAUUCGUAUGGAUGAUAAUAACGUGAAACUCAGUACUAAUUUCUGCGUAUAAGCAAUCAACAGUAAACGUCAAGUAAAGGGAAAACUUGGUCUCACGCGGUACAAAUUCACGUUUGGCGUUAGAAUCAAACGUGCCAACUCUAAAUCUCUCUAAUUACACCUCACCAUAAAAUGAAACUGAAGUUCAAUUUGAAGAAAUUAGUUGCAAUCCGAGAUUCCUUAGCUGCCUGAAAUUAAUUUUUGAUCCUUUUUUACAUUAUAAUAGCUUUAAUGUACGCUUCUAUAUUUGGAAACUUGACGGUGAUUAUCCAGAGGUUAUAUUUACAAAGCUCCAGACAAAAAGAAGAUCUGCUCCUCAUCCGGGAGUUUGUUAAUUUCUACAAAAUACCGCGGGCACUUAAGGAGAACUUGGAGAAUCACGUCCUCCAUGAAUCCCAAUUCCUAAAAGCUGGCGAUCUACAAGCAGUAAGUCGCUUUCCUGAAGUAUUGUUUCGGUAUAGCUUAAGCUCCGGUAAAACGGACAAUAGAAACAUGAACCUUGUUUUGUAGCUAACAGGAAAGCUUUGUUGCGCGUUUUACCACCCACUUUUUAAGCCUGUCUUGCAACAAAUCAGAUUGUUACAAGGUGCAUGACUACUGGAUACUGAAUUACGCGGGCGUCACGCCAUACACGGGAGUUGCGUCACUUGAUGCAAAAGAAGUUUGCCUUGGGCCAGUACAACUUUUUUCUUACUUUCCGUGAAAACUUUUCACAGUUGCAACAACCUGAUAUGUUCAAGACAGGUUUGAUUCGGGGGCAGUAAAAUGAGCAGCAUCGCUAUUCAAAUCCUUUUUUGGCAAUGUUGGAAAACAAGCAGUAGGCAGUAGAUCACAUUUUCAACUUAAUUCAUCUUAUUUUGAAUGCUUAGGAAAUGUAUCUGAACCACUGUAUUGCAGAGGUAUUCAUACACUUUAUAGAUGUUGGGAUCGUUAGGGGUUAUUACGACGUCAUUUUAGGACCAACAUACCUUACAAUCCACAUUCUCGGGCCCGGUCUUAAGGGAGGAGCACGCACGAGCCUAAAAGAAGCUACCAAAAUGGAGAUGUGCAAGAGACGUUCGACUGCUGCAAUAGUUGCUUCAUUGCCGCAUUUGUUGAGGACGAGAUUUUCCUUCCUUGAACUCUCAUGUAUUAAAAUGUAUCCCUUUCAUUACUUUAACCGUGUAGCAUGCUGUCAUACCGUUGGGGCUUCGAUUUCGCUUUUGGCAUCGCGUGUCGCUGCUGACUAGUAUACUUAAAACUCAUUCCUCGUGAGACCUUUUAUAUGCCAACACUGGAACACGUUAGCCCAAAUCUAUUUCAGUUUCUGUCCGUUUCUUCCUCGUUACUCCUGGCCGAAAGAGUCCAGUAACAAGCUAAGAGAAAGUCGUCAUGCGGGAGAACAGAUCCCCACAGAUCUAAGUUUAAUGUCCACGCUGCAAGAUCAUGUGAAAAGCCUGUUGUCUUAUAGUUGAAUUAAUUUGAGAUUGCAAAUUUUUAAUGUAAUACACAGGUACUGAAUAUGUUCCCAAGCACUCUCCAAACCGACAUCUGUCUUCAUAUUCAUGAUGAGCUAUUCAGGGAAAACCCAGUAUUCCGAGCCGUCGUUCCUAGCUGUAAGCGGUUACUCGCCACCAAGCUACAGGUUCAGCAUUUCCUGCCUCGUCAAUACGUCAUAAAACAAGGAGAUGAAGUGGAUAAGGUGUUCUUUAUUGUUAAGGGAAUUGUUCACGUGGUCGUGGAUGGUGAGACUCUCAUUGCUCUCGGUAGGACAAUUUUGCUCUUACUGGCAUAACUUAGUGGGGUGGUGCUCUUAACUUUUCUGUUUUAAGUCUAAAAAGUGUUGAAGGGAAAUGUGAAAAUACUGGGGAGUGUUGUUUGAAAAAAAAAAAAAAGAAACACCGGGUACUGAGGUUUGCACAGAUCAAAACGUGGCUCCAAGCCGUGUGAAAGAUCUAAAAAUAUCUUUGGAAACCACUGCUCAAUAGCCUUCAUUUUGGAUUGUUCAGUUAGACUCGGCAAUAGAUUAAGUUCUGUUACUGGAGUUACAGUGUACCAUGUAAGUGACAAUGACUGAAUACAGCUAUGAUCGAUCAACAGCCUGAUUAAAUUGUCGCUGCUAUCCCACUCCCUCAUAUCUCUUCUCUUUCCCACGAUGUGAACGCCUGGCACAGGAUAUUGCUAUAAAGUUCAAAACGACCAUAGGACACACUGAUAGUAUCCCAGCUGGCCUAUUCUUACAGUUACCUCGUAUCUCUUUUCAAAACCUCUAAUUUCAAUGGACCCCUAUCAUGAUGUCACAGCUCUAGAUCUUUUGUUUUAGGGGUCGGUUCCAUUCAUUUUAUAACUGUAGCUAACUUUGUUCGUUCAUUGUUUUCCCAAACAAGCCAGUGAGGCUUUGUUAUAGCUGCGAGAUACCUCUGUUUUUACUAACGUAGUUAAUCUAAGGGAUGGAUCCCAAUACUGGGGCAAAGCGACAACAAAAAGAACUGUCUGAUAUUUAUUGCUACAAAAACAAGAACAAAGAGGGAGAAUUCUAUCCAAGGGGUGGGGGGAAGGGGGUACUCCAGGAUGCUCAGGGGAUUUUUUAAGAUUUGAAAUUUUCGAUUCCGGGAUUUUUUUCGGUAGGAAUUGAAAUUCUGCCAAGUAUUUUUUGGGUGGCUUGAUUUAAGAAGGGAAAUUUUGGGGGGCUAUUCAAAACAAUCUGAAGAUUCGCGGUAGUGCCCGCGCAUCCCGGCAGCGUAGUUCUGUGAAUAAAGUACAGCCAAAUUAAGUACAACGUGUGUUAUCAUGUAAUUCUUCCUGGAAAUUUCGAGGCUUGGAAAUUUGGCAUGGGAGUUUUUUUUGGGUUAAUUUUUGGUCCCGGGAAUUUUUUUGGGUUUUGACUUUUUCCCUCAUUCGAUCACUUAAAAUCCGGAGUGCACCCCCCGCCCCCCCCGGCUAGGGAAUUCUACCACUCUCCACCUGUCACCCUCUUGUCCUACUUGAAGGCCUUCGGAUUUUAAUAUGGACAAGCUUUAUUUACGAGUUUUUCGCUGGUUUUUCUUCUCAACAGGAAGAGGGGAUAUUAUUUAUUGUGAAUUCAAGUCGCCGUGCAGCAAACCCAGAGCUACAGCCAGCCUGACCGUACAGGCUAAUACCCACAUUCACUACAUUGAGUGGUCCGAUCUUUUAACAAUAUUCGAAAAAUUCCCGAUGUUUAGAGAAGACUUCUUGAAUAGGAGAGUUUUUUCAUACCAAAUAGGGGAUUAUGUCAAGGUGGGUCAACCUAUUUUUUAUGGAAAAGCCCUGGGGACGAGGUUGAAAGUGGGUAGUACUGAAGGGGGUCUCUAUAGCCAGACCAUAUAUAGGCAUGAGAACAAUGGAAGCUGUCUCGGCUCUAUUGUUUAGAGAACAAUGAGAGCUGCCAAUAAAAAGAACCAAUGGGAGCACAGAAUGACGUUAUGGUGGAGUUUCGCGGCACAAUGUGCCAAGUAUCACCCGAACCUUGACGAAGACCUUUUGACAAGCCCCCUCGAACCAUAAAAUCAAGUUUUCAAUACCCUGAAUGGCAAGAUUGAACGUUAAUCAAAUAUUAUAGCCAUGAUAUAAUUGUUUCAUAAUUUGUUUCUUUCACAAGGAGGAUGAUGAUCUUGAAGUAACUGAAGCUUCGCCGAGAGCCGGACUAGAACCGCGGACGACACUCGCUAACUCGGUGGAGAAAACUCAAGCCUCGUCGCUCGAUUUAGCCCUCAGUUCAUUGGACCUGAAAGUCUUGGAAGACAGGAUGAAGCUAAUAGACAAGAGGCUUUCAAAUUUGGAGAGCGAGAUAUCCCUUGUAAUACCAUUUUUGAGAAAAGCACUCAAAACCGAGGAUUAG